AUGGUGGCUACAAUGGAUAAUGAGUUCACGGUUAUUUAUUUAGAAUUCAUGUCUUAUACUUUAGGUUUGCUGGCUCAAUUCAAUUUAUUGUUUCAGUCAGAAACACCACUACUAUAUAAAAUGAAAUCUUCGGUCGAAAAUCUGUUGAAGACUGUGUGUAGCAAUUACAUCACAUUUUCUUAUGUGAAGUCUUGUACUGAUAUAAUGAAAAUUGAGUUUGAUGACGAAUCCAAAUAUGACAGAUUGGACAGAGUGUAUCUAGGUGUAUUAGCUACCGAAAGCUUACAAAAGUUAAAAAAUAACUCACAGGUUCCUGAAACUGAUGUCAAAAUGUUUUUAAUAACUUGUCGCAGCUUUUAUGUGGAGUUGGCUAAACAAAUCCUACAGAGGUUUGACUUUAAGGACAGUCUUUUUAAUUUUAUUGACUUGGUAAAUCCUUCUGUUGCUCAAAGUUUCACUUUCAAAUCUUUGAAGCCUAUCUUUGUAAGAUUUCCAGUAUUGUACGAUUAUUACAACACGCAAGAAGUUGACGAUGAAUGGCGAGAAUAUGCUCUACUUGAUCAUGAAAGCUACGGCUUGCAUCCUUCAGAUGAUGCCGAGGAGUAUUGGCGUAAAGUUUUCCACCUAAAAAAUGCACUCGGUCAAAGUUUGUUUCCAAAAGCUUUUAAAUGCAUUGUUAGUUUUACCUUUCUCGAAUGCAUCCGUGGAACGUGUAUUUAG